UCCGAACACUGCCAAAUGAAAAGUUCGGGAGAGAAAAAUUAAAAAGUAAAGAUAUAUUUAGAUUUUCUCCAAGGAACAAAGUUUCAGACAUGGAUGAGCUGGCAGAGAGUCUUGCUACAAGUUUCUCAGUAAGCAGUGACCCAAACAGCACAGACGCUCCACAUCCAAGAUUCUCAGAGUACAAGAAGAAAACAAGCAAUUCAGACCAGGAGGCUCGCAGAAAGAAUAUCCUUGAACAACAGAAAGAACGCAGGUUUGACUAUGCAUACCAUGCACGUCGACUGCUUGAAGACGACUGGCAAGAUUCAGAUGACCUUGAGGAUGAUGAGGGAGAUGCUAUGGAGGUCACCACUGCAGAGAAGGAGAAUACAAGAACACGCAGUUACAGGCCAGGCAGAUACUAUAGAAACCAAUUGAUGCUGUCUGAGUGGCUGGUUGAAGUGCCGCAGAACUUUGAGAAAGAAUGGAUGAUGGUUGCCUGUCCCUGGGGCAAGAGAUGUCUCAUUGUCGCUGCAUAUGGAACAACUACAGCAUAUGGAAGAAAUGGUUACCGUGUGAACUCAUUCCCCUCCCAUCUGCCAGGAGGCAAUCGAAGGCAGAAGGACAAUUACAAGGACAAUGCUAUUUUGGACUGUAUCUACCAUGAAGUAGAGAAGACUUUUUAUGUGCUGGACAUCAUGAACUGGAAAAACCACCCUGUCUAUGACAGUGAUACAGAUUUCCGGUUCUUCUGGAUGAUGAGUAAACUACAGGAGGUACCAGAGCUGGGGGAGAUCUCCAAACUGAACCCGUACAAAUUCAUACCCCUGCAAUACCAUGACUGCCAGAAAGAGACACUAACAAAAGUGUUUGAGUCAGCGACUCAACAGUUUGAUGGUUGCCUGUUUUACCACCGUCAAGCUCACUACACAUUUGGUCGCUCCCCUCUGGUUGUGUGGCUCAAGCCAUAUAUGGUGUCGGAGAUGCUGGGUUUGGAGGUUCCGCCUGCCAUGAUGGAGCAGAAGCCCGCUAACUACACAACAUACCAGCAACAUCUAACACAGGUGAAGGAAACACGUGAGAGACAAGAGAAAGAGAAGACAGACAGACUGGUAGAGAAGAAAGCCCGACGGAUGGCUGACCGAGCCCACAAGUUCAAGAUGGAUCUAAUGGAGUCAAGAUGGUUUCGGGAGAUCCCAGAGCAGUUUGACACAGAUUGGGUCACACUGGCCUGCCCCACUGGACAGAGGUGCCUCGUCAUGGCCAUAGAUGGUGAGACAAAGUGGUUUAGCAGGAAGGGUUACAAGCUGCCUGGCUACUUCCUGUCUGUGUUACCAGGUGGAAAUGGCACAAAGUAUGGGUUCGGGCCCACAGUGAAGACCCUUCUGGACUGUGUGUAUUGUGAGAUGAUGUCCACAUACUUCAUUCUGGAUGCCAUCACCUGGGCGGACCAUGAUCUCACUCAAACACCGUUUCAAGAGAGGAUGUCUUGGGUAAAAAGGCAGAUCUCCCAGAAUCCGGAGCUCAAACACAUCACAGAUCUGAAUAUGUUCAAAUUUGUGCCCCUAUAUCACUUUGACUGCACAGAGGAAGGUCUGGGCAAGGCUGUCUGGCAGUCCAGGUUUGAGAUUGAUGGCAUCCUGUUCUACAAGAAGGAUGGAGCAUACAUGUCCGGGGAGACGGACGAAGUGAGGUGGAUCAAGCCAUACAUGCUGCCAGAGGUGUUCAACAACAUGGCCAUCCCAAACUCCCUUCUCACUGAGGCUCCAGCAGAUUACAGGGGCUACGCUUCAUUCCUGGAGGAUGUUGACAAUGGCCGCGUGAAAACAAAAAAGAACAAAAACUUCAAAAAGUCAAAACAGAAGAAAGAGUUUGUGCCAAGAGUGGAGCUUAAGUUGCCUCCCCCGCAAGAGAAACCGAAGAAGGAUGAUACAAAGACUAAGAAACAAAACAAACGUGGAGGGGGUCAGGCAGGAAGGUGGAGGGGUGGAGGUAGUGGACAGCCACAUAGUCACUUUAAGGCAUAUAGUGGGGGAGAUAACUACAGCAGAGUGCCCUACAGUGGUGGUGACAACAGGGGGGCCUUCGGCCAGGGGACAAGAAGUGGGCAUGACUAUUACGGUGAUGAAAGGGACUAUUACUACCCAGAGCAGGAGUAUGGGCCAGAUUAUAGGGGUAAGACUGGGGGGAAUCAAGACCCCUAUAGGAUGACCGACAUGCAGGCUGCUCUUGCCUAUUGUGACUAUGACAGAAAUCCAAAAGGAAAACCACAAUAUAGGAAGAACUACCAAUUGUUUUAGAUGCAUUUACCGAAAAGUUGCUAUUGUUCAUAUUUUAGUUUGUUGUUCAUUUAUGUGUUAUUAGUGAUACAAUAUUUGUGUAUUGUUUUUACUCCAUUUUAAUGAUCUUAUAAUGAAUCAUAUAAUCAUAAGCUUUUUCAUAGCUGAUAAGAUAUCAUCUUCAAACAUUAUACACUUGGUCACAAUACAAUUAUUUAUGACUUUUACAUAAUAAAUAAAUAAAUAUUGUCAGAAUUAUGUCCCUUUGUAAAUUUGAUUAUUCAAAUUUAACACAGCAAUUAUCUUUUUAUCACAAGGAAUCUACCACAUUGCGAUCUUGUUUGUAAUGCAAGAAACAUUACUCUGUCACCUUUUAUCACUAACGUCCAUGACCGGAGGUUCCCUUUUAUAAACCAUGACUCUGUGAUUGGUUGUGCCCUAUACAAAUAUGUUUUUUUGAAAAUUAUUCAAGGCAUGACUAUCUAUUUAUUGGAAAUUAGUUGAUGUCAAUAUACACAUUAAAGAACCAUAAUUCUAUUAUCCAUGGUUGUCUCCCCUUUCAUAUUAAUUCUGUUUUGAGCUUAGGCUUAAUUUUGAAACUAUUGGUAUUGCAUCUGCUUAAAACAGCUGGCAUUGAGUACCGGUAAUUAUACACAGUUACAGAACUUUAACGCUUUGACAAAUACUUUUAAACACAGUGCUUAUUGAUGGUCACCUCUUUUUGAUAAAAUGGUUAGUUCAUUGUUCAUAAAAAGUUGUACAUAAAUUGAUCCAAAAAAAGAAAGAAGGCAUUUCAGAAAAAAAUAUCUACCUUCUGUGAGCAACACCUUUUAUGUCAUGGUUCAUAUUUGCAUAGUCAGUCUGUUUCACUUUCAACAUACCUUAAUUGCAUAUAAAAUCUUUGUUUAUAAUACAAUACAAAUUAAAACAUCUUAAUCGUCUGCAAGCAACAUUUGAACUGUAUGGCCCUUGUGUUCAUAUCUACCAACACUUGACGUUUAAGAUGUCUUCAAAUUGCUCCCCCUUUCAAUAUGCUAUUAUGUGGAGGCCUUGUCACGUCCUGUAAUGCCUAUACCGUAGUUAGUUUGGUUUCUUAAGUGACAAAUAGUCACAUGUUUUAUGGAAAUCUUUUGACAUGUUAGACUUAAUUUUUCCAACAUUUAAA